UCGCCUAAAAUCGUAGCGUUGUACAAUUCCCUUCUCAUCUCUGGCUAAACUAUAGGUCCGUUCGUGCAAACGUUUUUACGUGCUCCUAAGCACUAUAGGUGUGUUCAAAAGUUUCAUAAUUCAGAUGGCAGGAGGUGUCUUUUCUUGAAUAAGUAUGUUGCUGACUCGUGAACAAUCGUAAUCAAUGACUAAGCCUCCAUUGUUGUGGACCAAUCAUCGUCAACCACGAUCCAAAACCCGGGGCUUGCAGAAACGUCUGCUACGAUGGCAACGAUUAGAGUUUUGUGGAUAUUUUUCCUUAAUUUGACGAUAUGCGCUCUUCUAUCUGGUGCUGAGCGAGAUUUCUAUGCUAUUCUUGGAUUAUCCAAAAGUGCUAGCACUCAUUCUAUUAAAAAAGCAUACAGGCGAUUAGCAAAGGAGCUUCAUCCAGAUAAAAACAAGGAUGAACCUGAUGCCGUACAGAAAUUUCAAGAUCUUGGAGCAGCAUAUGAAGUGCUCUCUGAUCCUGAGAAAAGAGAGAUGUAUGAUAAAUGUGGAGAAGAAUGUUUGAAAAAGGAUGGCUCUAUGAACAACAUGGAUCCAUUUGCCAGCUUCUUUGGGGAUUUUGGUUUUCACUUUGGUGGAGAGCAACAACAUCAUCAACAUGAAACUCCUAAAGGAUCCAACAUAAUCAUGGAUAUAGAUGUAACAUUAGAAGAAUUAUAUAAUGGACAUUUCAUAGAGAUAGCAAGAAAUAAACCAGUAGUAAAAGCAGCUAAAGGAACUAGAAAAUGUAAUUGUCGACAAGAAUUGGUUUCCAGACAUCUAGGCAAUGGAAGGUUUACUGUUACCCAGCAGUCUGUUUGUUCUGAGUGUCCAAAUGUUAAACUAGUGAAUGAAGAACGUGUUUUGGAGGUGGAAGUAGAACCUGGUAUGGUUGAUGGUCAAGAAACUGUAUUUACAGCAGAAGGAGAGCCACAUCUAGAUGGGGAACCUGGUGAUCUGAUUCUCAAGAUCCGCACAUUACCACAUCCUGUAUUUGAAAGGAUUGGGGAUGAUCUGUAUACCAAUGUUACUGUAUCAAUGCAAGAUGCGCUCAGUGGCUUUACUGUUGAUAUACCACAUUUAGAUGGUCGUACGAUCACAAUUCAAAGGGAUAAUGUAACACGACCUGGAGCUCGUAUUCGUAAAAAGGGUGAGGGAAUGCCUAAUUAUGAUAACAACAAUCUCCAUGGUACACUAUAUGUAACAAUUGAUGUGGCAUUCCCAGACAAGGAAUUCACACCAGAAGAAAAAGAGCAAAUUAAGCAAUUAUUCCAACAAAGUUCUGUAAAUAGGGUUUAUAAUGGUAUACGUGGAGCGUAGAUUUCCGCUUACAAAGGAGAUUUAUCAAACGAAUGACAAUGCAAAGUGCGUGUAUCGUAAUGAAUUUUAUCUGUGUUCAUCGUGUAUGUUCUAAUCGAACAAAACCAUCGAGCAUCUUCGACUUCCGCACGUGGUAUUCACCAACUGGAUUGGUGACUCUGUGUCAAACGCAACUUCGAGGCACAUAACCUGAAUGUGUGAACAACGCGUACAUACUCCCGGAAUAUCUGUACUGGUGGCUUUCAGCAGCAUCGUAUAAUACGUCAACUUUUCGUGAGCUAAGACCGUGCAGUGAAGCCGGGAACAAACCAUAAAUUGAAUUCUAUUAGUUACUCGUGGAAUAUGGGUGAUGUGCGAAUGUUUGAACGAACAUAAGAGUUUUGCAUUUGAAACGUUUGUGUAUUGUACGCGAUGGUGUUUUUAAAUGUCCAUUAUAAUGCCUAAAUAUAGAUAUUUACAAGAAUUAAAUUAAAAACAUACAGA